ACUCUUUUGUCACUGGUUUUCACCAAAAAUGGGGUAUCUUGGCUUUUCUUGUUGUCUCAACUAGCCUUCUCAGUCUGGAUUUUACUGUGGCAUCUACUGCCAAAAACAGCCAUAAAUAAUUGAGAAGCAUAAUUGAUUUCCGUCACUGUAUUCAUCACUCCUUCAUGGAUAGAGUUCAAUUGUGUCUUGCCCCAAUUUUCUUUCUGGUUUUGGUUCCUUGCGUGGCUAGAGGACCAAAUGCACUAGGCCUUAGCUACGAUUUCUACAAUAAGACUUGUCCCAAUGUAGAGAAAAUAAUCCACAAUGUGGUUUCUCAAAAGCUUUUGGAAGCUCCUGUCACCGCUGCUGGUGCUCUUCGCAUCUUCUUCCACGACUGCUUUGUUGAGGGAUGUGAUGCGUCAGUCUUAAUAGCAUCAAGGGUGAGUAACAAGGCAGAGAGGGAUGCAGAAAUAAAUCUUUCUUUGCCAGGAGAUGGCUACGAUGUCUUCUUCCGAGCCAAGAGAGCUCUAGAGUUGCAAUGCCCUGGCUUUGUCUCUUGUGCUGAUGUUAUGGCCAUUGCCACUAGAGACUUGGUUAACUUGGUGGGAGGGCCAAGGUGGGAAGUGAAGAAGGGGAGAAGAGAUGGGCUAAUCUCCAAGGCCUCAAGGGUGGACGGCAACCUUCCUCAGGUGAACCAAACAAUCCCUCAACUAAUCUCACUUUUCAAAUCCAAAGGUCUAUCCACCAUGGACAUGGUAGCCUUAUCAGGCGGACACACCAUAGGUUUCUCACAUUGCAAGGAAUUCAUGCCGAGAAUCUAUGCCUACAACAGCACAUUUGACAUAGACCCGACAAUGAACCAGGAAUAUGCACGAACCCUUCGUAGUCCUUGUCCUCAGAAACAUCUUGAUCCAACUGUGGUUGCCCUUAAUGAUGUAACUACACCAUUUAUUUUUGACAAUGCUUAUUACCACAACCUUAAAAAGGGUCUUGGGUUGCUAGCAAGUGACCAGAUGUUGGUUUUGGACCCCUUAACUCGAGGUUACGUGGAUGUGAUGGCUGCUGAUCAACAACUUUUUUUCAAUUACUUUGUUGAGUCCAUGAUAAAGCUAGGCCAAGUUGGAGUCAAGACGGGGAGUGAUGGUGAGAUUAGAAGACGUUGUGACUCCUUCAAUAAUUAAUUAAAAGACGCUCUGCUGUUCUUUAUUUUGUGAUA